AUGUCAUGUCAAUUCCCAUUAUUGCCUGCAGGAGCUUCCGCUAUCCUUGUAUAUCUCAAUGGUUUUAAAUUAUAUCCAAAUAUUGCUAUCACAUAUGCAGCAUCAACUAUCUCUGGAAGAGUUUUUGUUGAUUCAAAUCAAGAUAAUCAAUAUAAUAGUGGAGAAACAUUGUUAAAUAAUAUUGCAAUCGGAUUAAACUCUCCCACCACUACUUACACAACAAGUUCAGAUGCAUCAGGAACAUAUCAAUUCAUAGCAUCACUGGAUAUCUUGUAUACAUUGAUUAUAACAACACCUCCAAGCUCAUACAUGAUACCAUUACAAUCUCAAACAGUUUACGCUUCAUAUUCAACCCAAAAUAACUUGGUUGUAAACAUUGGAGUUGUUCCAAUAUCAGCAGCAGGUUGUAGUGGAACCAUCAAAACAGCAAAUGGUCAAACCAUGAAUAUCCAAUAUGGUUCAUUUGACUUGACUUUGUAUGGUUGGUGUAAAUCUCCAUCGAUCUGUAAGAAUCCAUUUACAUCGAUUACAAUUCCACCGGCUUGUCAGAGUAAAAUUGUAAACAAUGUUUUGACCAUUGGUUAUCUAUGUUCAUACAGAGGAUUUACAUUUGAUUCAAUUGGAUUAAAUUCUUAUAGUAGUUCAGGCUUCCCGGGAUAUACAUACUAUUGGUCAGUUUGUGGGAUCAAUCCAACAUGUUCUCCAUAUUCCAAUACAGCACAAUCUUGUCAAAGUGGAUUAUACUACAGUACUGGUAAAAUUAGUAGUGGAACAUGGUCUAAAAAUGAUACUGGAAGUGGAGUUCAAGUAAAAUACACCAAUGGAGAAACAAUAAGCUGCACAACUGGUAGAGAGAUGACAGUUCAUAUAUCAUGUGGUGCCACAUCAAAAGCAAUUUCCUCUUACGAAUAUCCAUCAGCAAGUUGCAAAUACCAUUCACACAUGACAUCUCCGUUGGCAUGUGGAAAUUUCCCAGCCCAAGAUUGUGGAGUUGGUGAUUUACAAUUCUAUGCACUAUCAAAGUUAGUACCAUAUAAAUUUAAUAUCAAAGAAAUAAUUCCUAAUAUUUUACAAAAAUUAACUUAUGAUUUUUAUAGUAAAACAUAUACUAUGAGUAUCUCUGAUACUGAUACUAAAUUUACAUUUUCAAUUUGUUCGACUUCAGUAAACAAUGUUUGUACAAAUGAUGGUGGAGGUGAUAUUUCAGCAUGCUAUGGUCCUUACUACGUGAAUAGCAAUGGAAUCAAUCUUGGAUACUAUAUACGUUAUGGUAAAUAUUCAACAGCAACUUGGAGCGCUGUUACCAACUAUAUCGGUGCAAAGGUGACCUAUUCAUACUCUGAUACUCAAUUAAUAAGUUGCUCAAAUGGAAGUAAGUUUGCAAUGGAAGUGAAUUUAAUUUGUGGAGAUGAUUAUGAACCUUUGAGGAUUAACAAUGGAGCAUGUAGUGAAAUCACCUACUUGUAUACACCUCAAGCAUGUCCAACAGUCAUUCCAAAUUGUCAAUUCAAUGGAAUGGACUUCUCAUCACUUGCAAAUAAUAGCAAUUCUAUAAGAACAACAUACGGACGCAAAAUAACAGGAUAUAAUAAUCAACCUAAAAAUGUAUUCUUCAAAAUUUGUGGUACUCCAUAUACCUGUAUAUUCAAUGGUAUCAACACCCAAAGUUGUACAUCAUCACCUUCAUCUCCAACAGUCCUCACAACCCAAUCAACUCUCAACACCGGUGUUUGGUCAAUUUUGAAGCGUGGUCAAGGUGCCCAAGUUGUUUAUUCUGGUGGUGCUUGUGAAACUGGUGGAACAACCAAAACAAUAACAAUUGAAUUUUAUUGUGGUUCCAUUUUCACUUUGAUAGGAAUUUCUGAACCAGCACCAUGUCAAGUAAUUAUUUCUUAUUAUACUCCUCUUGCUUGUACACCAACCAAAGUUCCAAACUGUCAAUUUGGUGGAUUUGAUUUCUCAGCACUUUCUCAAACUCAAUACAGUGUAAUCGGAUACACUGGUGCUGAUAAAUACACAUAUUCUUUUAGUGUUUGUGGAUCUGCGCCAACUUGCACAACAAAUUUGAAAACCAAUGGUAUUUCUGUUUGCCAACAAGGUACUGGUUUCUUUGAAGAUAUUGGUCAAACAUUAAGUGGUGUAUGGGCACCAAAUGCAACAGGAACAGGUGUUCAAGUUACCUACUAUGGAAGAAAAGAUGGAGCUUUAUCAAACUAUGGAAGACUAACAACCAUUCAUAUUUCAUGUGGUGAGACUCACGAAGCAGUAAGCGCCUACGAAAUACUAAAUUGCAAUUAUGAUAUCAACUUUAAAACACCAUAUGCAUGCUCUUCUUCAUCCAGUUUGAUGUCAACUGAAAACAGAAUGAUUGAUAACAGAUCGUCAACACUCAACGACAACGUAAUCAAUACCGAUUUCAUUGCAAUCGAUCCAUAUCUCCCAAUUAAAAACUCAUCAUUAUUCGAACUCCAACUGAUAUUAUCAUAA